AUGUUAGGCCGCCUUUUCCGCUCCUCCUCGAGCUCACCACUCCAGGACUCGGACCUCCGCAUCAACCAGUAUCCCUCGCUUGGAAAUCUCUCGCUCCAUGACGCUUUAGUCUCACCUAGCGCCCUCCCGGGCCCACCAACGUCUGCGGCCGCUUACGAAGACGCAUACACCCGUACGUUGCUCUACGGAACCAAGCUUCCGUUGAAAAAUCUUCCCGGUAUCAGUACCACCAAGCUAUUCCGCUUGGUAGUGUGUCAGGAUAUGGGGGGCUUGCGCAAAAAACAGGUCAUGUGCGACUCUGCCGCCACCCCAGCCCGCAAGGAGGAGUCCCACCCGCUCACCAGACCGCUCUGCAGCGUCCGCCAGAGCCCCAGUCCCCCGCUCACCAGCAAGAUCCAUCAUCCGGUCCGGGAACUCAUGGACUACAUGUUCGGCUGUGGGCUCCCCAUCCACGAGAACUCAGACGUGACCAAGUUCCAUGUGUUUCCCCGGGCCUCGCUCCACCGAGACGCUUCACCACCGUCUCACGUGUGUGUGCUAAUUACACGCAUCUUCACCCUCGCCGGAACUAAUACAGCGGUAGAGGAUUUCUUGGAGCGACAGCGCAUCCGUGUCAGCAUUGGGUUGGUGGUGCCGUUGGACGCCUUCGCAGACAUCAACAAGACCCUCGCCAUCAACUGGGAGGAGAUUGUCGCUUCCAUGGACGAUUUGCAGAGCUGUGUGUCUGCGAAGCUUAUCGCGGUGCUUCUUGCAAACCCGACCGACUUGGCCGCCCCUCUGUCCUCCCCCUCAACCGUGAACCGCCUCCAGUUCCCGCUGUACAGCCUCCAGUACGACCAAGAUAUCAAUUUCCAGUUCGCAAAGUUUGUCAAGAUGGUACAGAUCCUAGCGAACACCUGUCGCCUUCUCACAGGCCACUACACACCCGCGGCCUUCGGCGCUGUGAGCACCCCUAGCAACGUCCAGUCCUCGAUGACGAGCCCACACUUUUCGCAUUUGAAGAAGGCGUGGUGCUCGGAGUUGAUCAACUGGUUAGAGUUUAAGGACGGCCGUACCAGCGUCAAUAACGUGAUGGUUCCCCGGGCCAACCAAACCUAUGGCUCGUACAGCAGCCAUGGCUCCUUCAGCUCCCAUGUGUCGCCCCCUGAGAAGGCAGUAACCUUUUUGGCGGCGUUAUUCUCUGCUAUCAUCCCACUCCGCCACCAGUUGCUUCACAAGCCGUGCAAUAUCUUUGAUACCCAGAGCAAGAAGAAAGUGAUUGUACGUGUGGUAAUCAUGGCAAACAACUCCAUCAUUGCCAAAAAGUUGAUGUUUCUCAUCGGGAGACUUGUCCCGGAGAACGUCGCUCUCAUUGCUGAUCGGACAAUCCACCCGGAGCCCGAGUUGUCCGGCACAGGGAGCCCGCUUUCCCCCGCACCGCAAACCAAGGCCCGUUCUCCGGUCCACAAGGUGUCCAGAUCAUCAGCCAUGACGCCAUGCCUCGAGGAAAACACCGAACCCAUGUCUUCAUCCCCUGCUUCUUCUUCCGCCUCAGCCAAGGGCUGGCAGGUACCAAAGUCCGCGGCUGUCCCCAUCAAGUCUACUGCUAGUUCGAACCUCCACACACAUUCUAUUGAGGUGAUCCAGCCGUCCGUCCUGCGAGACGCUCAUACAGCCUCUCCCACCGCUGCGUCAUCUACGCUCGCCUAUCUCUCGUCGUCCUUGAGCUCAUCAUACUCAUCGUCCUGGAACCAGUUUUCCUGGAACACCAAGCAUGGCUCACAGGGGAUGUCCUUUUUAGAAAAGUGGAAGGCGAAUGCCAACGCGGGUACAAACCACAGUGGUGUUAGUGGCGAGUUUUACCGAAACCAGAAUGUUUCAAACCUGUCAAUCAACCUCAGUACCCUCCAAGGUGACAACUACGUGUUGGCCUCACCUAGCUCGAUCAUCAAGAAGCGGAAUCAAAUUGCCAAGACACCCUCUCCUGGGCUAGAGUACGACGAUUACUUCUGGAGUGACGAUAGCCACAAGCUUUCUCCGUUGUCUGGUACAGCCUCUGUCAAUGCCUCUGUCCCAUCCUCUAUCCCUGCCUCUGUUGGCUCGAUUCCCGGAUCGCUUGCUGGGUUGCAUCUCAGAGCAUCCGGCCAGUCGGCUUCGAUCUCCCGUGUGUCAUCCUAUUUCGACUUGAGCAUGACGCCAGGCCACACUCCCCAGCCCGAUUCAUUCUCCAGUACACCGACGGUGCUCGGUUCUCGAAACCACAUUCCGUGCGUUCCUGAAGUCGAGAGGUCCAAAACUACCAUCUCUCACAUGGGAUCUAAUAUUGCUGAAAAGCAUAGCCUCCAGAAUGCAGCCUACGAAACAAGGCCUAGACAGGCGUCGCUUGUCCAAGGCUUGCGCAAGCGGUGUCGUUUUAUCAUGCUGAGCGACCCGGUGAUUGAGGACGGAGGGCUGGAAGAGGUUUCCUUGCUCAACGUGGUGGGUUGCAGAAAUUCGCAUUUUGACUUACAGGCCUUUAACCAAACAAAUGAAUACUCGCGGGAAUUCCCUCUUUUGCCCAUUGGAGGCUACUUGGACGAGUUUCGGCCGGAAUUCAUCAUGCAGGCAUGUCCCAUUAGCACGAGCAUGGAGCAGCAAAUCUCCAAGGAAGUCGUGCGGGAUGUGAAGCUCCACCAAGCUACUCUGGACUACGAGGAAGUGAUAAGUCGCACAAUUUGUGUGUCAUUGCGUGCCAGGGAGAUCAAGGAAAUAAGCUGCCGUGCUUACCCUGAAAUCCCGAACUUCCCGGUGGAACCGCUUAUGCGCUCAGAGGACGAUAGAACUGUCGGCUCUGAUAAGCCCGGAUGCAGCAAGCUCUCCUACUCCUUGGAUCACCAGGACUCGCUGGUUUCCCGUUCCCCUUUAACUUUCGUGGAGAAGCCAAAGGUGAAGCGACUUUACACGCCGCUGAGGCCGUCCGCAAACCAGAACUACAUCGAUAAGAUCGACUCCAUCUUCUGCCAACUUAAUUCCAAGUAUAAAGAGAUGAUGCGGUACGAGCAAGCCCAUCAGAGCCGGCCGCAGACCCCCGGAACGAGCGCAAACGUCGCCAUGUCGGUCAGUAUGGGAAUGAAGCCUUGCUCUGAUGAAAUGGCGGGCGAAGGGGAAGUGCUCAGAGACAUUGACAAGUUGAUUGAGAUGCUUCUUGAUGAUUCCCUAGCGGAUUGA